GCCGCCAGGUGACAGCUAAUGGCGGCGGCCGCCUGAGGCGGGCGGGCAGUAGAGCAGGCGGCAGGAGGCGAGCAGCGAAACCUUCCCGGCCGCCGCUCCUGUCCCGACGGCGGCUUCCCCAAGGCGGCAGGACUCGGCGCGCCAUGGACAGGCCGGCGGCGGCGGCGGCGGCGGCAGUGGCGGCGGCGGGCUGCGAGGGCGGCGGGGGCCCGAACCCGGGGCCGGCGGGCGGCAGGAGGCCUCCUCGGGCCGCGGGGGGCGCCGCCGCCGGCUCCCGGCAGCCCAGCGUGGAGACCCUGGACAGUCCUACAGGAUCACAUGUUGAAUGGUGUAAACAGCUUAUAGCUGCUACAAUUUCUAGUCAGAUUUCAGGUUCAGUGACAUCAGAAAAUGUAUCCAGAGAUUACAAGGUUUUCAGGAGGCCUGAUAUAAGGAAUAUUCAUAAAGCAAGACAAAGAUUGGAGAUUCAGGAAGAACACAAUGGCUACCCUUCUGAAGCUGAAGCUGAUCAGGCUCUAAGGGAUGGAAAUAAGCUGGCACAGAUGGAAGAGGCUCCACUUUUUCCAGGAGAAUCAAUUAAAGCCAUUGUGAAAGAUGUCAUGUAUAUCUGUCCAGUUAUGGGAGCAGUGAGUGGAACCCUGACAGUGACGGACUUUAAGCUGUACUUCAAAAAUGUCGAGAGGGACCCACAUUUUAUCCUUGAUGUUCCCCUUGGAGUGAUCAGCAGAGUUGAGAAGAUUGGAGCACAGAGCCAUGGAGACAAUUCCUGUGGUAUAGAGAUAGUGUGCAAGGAUAUGAGGAACUUGCGGCUUGCUUAUAAACAGGAAGAACAGAGUAAACUAGGGAUAUUUGAAAACCUCAACAAACAUGCAUUUCCUCUUUCUAAUGGACAGGCACUAUUUGCAUUCAGCUAUAAAGAAAAAUUUCCAAUUAAUGGCUGGAAAGUUUAUGAUCCAGUAUCUGAAUAUAAGAGACAGGGUUUGCCAAAUGAGAGUUGGAAAAUAUCCAAAAUAAACAGUAAUUAUGAGUUCUGUGACACCUACCCUGCCAUCAUUGUUGUGCCAACUAGUGUAAAAGACGAUGACCUUUCGAAAGUGGCAGCUUUUCGAGCAAAAGGCAGAGUCCCUGUGUUGUCAUGGAUUCAUCCGGAAAGUCAAGCAACAAUUACCCGUUGCAGCCAGCCACUUGUGGGUCCCAAUGAUAAGCGCUGCAAAGAGGAUGAAAAAUAUUUGCAAACAAUAAUGGAUGCUAACGCACAGUCACACAAGCUUAUCAUUUUUGAUGCUCGACAAAACAGUGUCGCUGAUACCAACAAGACAAAGGGUGGAGGAUAUGAAAGUGAAAGUGCUUACCCAAACGCAGAACUUGUGUUCUUGGAGAUCCACAACAUUCAUGUCAUGCGAGAGUCACUACGCAAAUUAAAAGAGAUUGUGUACCCUUCAAUCGAUGAGGCACGGUGGCUCUCCAAUGUGGAUGGGACGCAUUGGCUGGAAUAUAUAAGGAUGCUGCUUGCUGGGGCAGUAAGAAUUGCUGAUAAAAUAGAAUCUGGGAAAACAUCUGUGGUGGUGCAUUGCAGCGAUGGUUGGGACCGAACAGCCCAGCUCACAUCUCUGGCUAUGCUAAUGUUGGACAGUUACUACAGGACCAUUAAAGGAUUUGAAACUCUCGUAGAAAAGGAGUGGAUAAGCUUUGGACACAGGUUUGCACUGCGAGUGGGCCAUGGUAAUGACAACCAUGCUGAUGCUGACCGAUCUCCUAUAUUUCUGCAGUUUAUUGAUUGUGUUUGGCAAAUGACAAGACAGGUGAGAGAUUUCAAAUAUAUUUCUAUAUAGUCUUUGCUUUAAAUAUAUCUUAAAGA